UGUAUGGGUCAUCUCUACAUCAAAAAGAAGGCUGUAUCGUAGUACCUUUGCCUAGCAAAAUUUAUAGGAGUUGAAACAAAUAAAAACUAUUUUCGUUCUUACUUACCUUACGUCAAAAAAAGUGUUAGUGUAAUAAUUUUGGUGGUUUAUUUCAAGAUUUUUUCAGUAAAUUGAGUAUAUGGUAAACGCAAAGGGGGUGCAAUGAUUAAUCACAUGUUAAAAUAAUGACUAUAUCAAUGAAAGAACAAGAUCAAAUGCCAGGGGAGAUGGCAUUCCCCGAGGCCAAAUUAAAGGCAUUGGAAGAGAAGAUAUCUCAUCCCCGCUGGGUGGUGCCUGUGUUGCCUGAACAGGAGUUGGAAGCAUUGCUAAUUGCUGCCACUGAGUUGGCAGCAAAAGGUGAAGAUGCAACCCACCCAGCUUGUCAGAGAUUCUAUAAUGAUGCCUUAACAGUGUCAUUUACUAAGAUACUGACUGAUGACGCAGUUUCAUCCUGGAAAAAUAAUAUACAACAAUGUGUCCGUUCUAACUGUGAGAAACUCGUCAAACUUUGUGCGAUGAAACUAGAUGAUCCAAGAUUUCUGCAUUUAUUAUCUAUGACAUUCAAUCCCAAUAACAAAUUUCACACAUUCAAUGCAUCAAGAACUUGUGAAGGCCUGUCUAUUACUCCACCUGGACAAGGUACCACCCAAGAGUCGGAAGUGUUUGCAAGGUCACAGGACCACCGCACACCAAGAGGAUGGCUGGUUCAUUUAAUUAAUGUGUUUGGUCAAGCUGGUGGCUUUGUGAAACUUCGAGAAAGGUUUGAAACAAUAAUGGGAUUUCAAAAGACAGACCUGACGUCUUCAAUCACUUCUGAAGAAAAAGUUUCAACUGAAAUCAUAGAAAAGGAGAAUGAAGAAAACAAAUGUGAUAAAGUUGAGAGCACCGAAAUAGUUCCAGUUAUUGCUGAUAGUGGUGAAUUUUCCAUACCGGCGCGCAGUGAGCAACCCUCAUCACUCGAGCAGUCCACUAGUGGAGAGACUCGAGUCGCGACCGUGUGGCAGUUGCUGCGACCUCUAGGGCUCUGCCACGAUCUCCUCACAUCACACACUGUUACCACGUACCUGCUGCCUGUACUCGAAUGUAUUCCCACAUUACUUGAGAGUUUGACUGAUGAAGAACUGAAGAGAGAAGCGCGCGGUAGUGAAAAUAAGACUGACACUGUUUCUUGUUUAAUUCGCGCCUGUAAAUACGUCUCAGUAAAAACUCCCCAGUAUCACAGUUUACUUAAAUCUCUUGAAAUGUUUCGGUUGAAAAUGAUAUUGCGUUUAUUGCAAAUGUCUUCAUUCAAUGGGAAAAUGUCGGCUCUGAAUGAAAUCAAUCAACUUAUUAGUACAUUCUCUCAGCAACCUAAACCAGAGUGGCUUACACCAAGUGUUAUAACAACUUGGAUUCGUGAAAACAAAGUAGUGGACAUAGUCUUACGAGACUCCCUUCACCAGCCGCAGUAUGUAGAUAGACUGGAGAAAAUGCUUAGGUUUAUGAUAAAAGAGAACUCUUUGACGCGAGAUGACUUGGAUGCUAUAUGGAAGGCUCAGCACGGCAAGCACGAGGCGAUUGUCAAGAACUUGCAUGACUUACUAGCCAAACUGGCUUGGGACUUUACUCCUGAUCAACUUGACCAUUUAUUUGACUGUUUCAAGGCAAGUUGGGCUACGUCCAGCAAAAAGCAAAGUGAUAAACUACUAGAGGUAAUAAGAAGAUUAGCAGAAGAUGAUAAGGAUGGCGUAAUGGCAAACAAGGUAUUAGUGCUUUUUUGGAAUUUGGCCCACUCAGACGAAGUAUGUACUGAAAUAAUGGAUGUGGCAUUAGCUAAUCUGAUAAAAAUAUUAGACUACAGCUGUAGCCAAGAUCGUGACGCACAGAAAACGCUUUGGUUGGACAAGUGUGUGGAAGAACUGAAAACAAAUGAAAAGUGGGUGUUACCAGCAUUAAAAAUGAUGCGCGAGAUUUGUUGCCUAUACGAGGCGGGCGGUGGCACGGGCUUACGACCUCACGUCACCCGACAGGAACUGAUCGAUCGCCUGCAGACUCAGCACUCGCUUGUCAUACUCGUAACAGAUUCACUCACACACUACAUGGAGGCUGUGCGGACUAAACUGGCCGAAGAGGGUGAUAUUGACUGGGACAACUGGCUACCAGAUGGCAGGUACCCACAUGCGGCUCAAGUACAUGAACGAUUGAGUUUUCUAAGAUUUCUCUUGAAAGAUGGACAACUGUGGCUGUGUGCUGAACAAGCAAAACAGAUAUGGGUAUGUCUGGCCGAGAAGCCAGCACACCUGGGCGACCGUGAAGCCUGUUUCCGAUGGUUCAGCAAACUUAUGGGUGAAGAGCCAGAUUUGGAUCCUAAUAUUAAUCUACAUUUUUUUCGACGGAACAUUAUGACAUUGUCACCGAAUUUAUUAACCCACGCUGGUAUCAAGUGUUUUGAAAGAUUCUUCAAGGCAGUAAACUCCAAAGAAGGCAAACUAAAAGUAAAGAGACGAAGCUUUUUACUUAACGAUGCAGAUCUCAUAGGAUUAGAUUAUUUAUGGAGGGUAAUAACGGAGUGCGAGGACGAGAUCUCGGCGCGCGGCAUCGAGUUGUUGCGCGAGGUGAGCACGUGCGUGGGCCCGCAACUGUCGGCCGCGCAGCACCACGAGGCAUUCCUCACGCACUGCUGCGCGCGCACCCAGCGCUUGCAGAAGGACAUGGAGGCGCACGAAGAUUCGUCAGAGAGUUGUACGAGAAUGUGUAGAGUGAUUCGUGCCAUACAAGAAUAUAUUAACGAAUGUGAUAGAAGAUUUUCCGCAGAACGGCAGAUAUUACCUAUCUAUAGGUCGGGCCGAGGGAGGCAGUGUACGAUUAUAGUCAGAUUUAAUUUUCAAACUGGCCAAAGACAAAUUGAAGAUGUUGAACUUUUUUCACACUCGAAUGAGACACUGCACUCCUUGCGUUCUAAUAUACAAAGAAGGCUGAAGAAUGCUUCAGAGAGUAAUAUAAAGUUAGAACUGUAUGUAAAUAAGUUGGAACUGUAUGUUAAUGGGGAGCUAUUAGAUUCUAGUCACGAUAGAAAAAUUCUCUCGCAAAUCCCGCUUCGUGACAAAACUGUUAUUGUCGCUAAGGUGUAUGACGGACAAGUAUGUGGCAGUGGUGGGUGCGGCUCGUCGAAUGAGUCUAGCAGUGACUCGUCUACUUCUUCGCCUCCGUUGUCACCCACACCGGAGCACGCAUUGCCUGGCGUUCUCUUUGCUCAGGGAUCGUGGUACUUGCCCUUUAUAUUAGACUUGGAGCAUAUUGGUAUCACCAAAGGACACGGCCCGCUCACUGAAGCGGCGCACUUACUCUCGCAGAUCUGCCCUGCUCAUAAACAGACCGUGGAAAAGCUAACGGAGGCAUUGUUAUGCAGAGAUGAUACAAAACUUAGGGAUAUGCUCUACGGCCCAGCUCCACCUACGGUGGCUUACAACGUUGAAGUGUUGUACAGCAUGGUGAUGCCAUCGUCAGACACGAGGUUGGAGCGCUGCCGCAGCUUUCGGAUCGCUUGCGUGAAGAAAGCUCCUCUACUGGUGCAGUGCUUGUCUGACAACGACUUCUUGCAUGGGGCAGCUCCACAUACUAGGAGAGUUGGUUAUUUAGCUCUAGUCAGACUGGCUAAGCUAGCAUUAUACACACUUGGUCAUCUAUUUGAAAUAAUUGCUCCAGAUGGUACAGAUGCAAAUCUCGAUAAGGAAUUCAGAAUUCCAUGUUUUAACUGCUCUGUUGUUGUUAGUAGAAGGGAUGUGACAAUACUGCGUGAAGCCCUGCAGACGGUGCCAAACCAUACCUGUGAGCUAAUGGUCAAAGCUAUUGCUGAGAAACUAGCUAACGCAUUGGGAGAGCAGGUGGUAUUAAGCGGAGAAGAUAGUGAUUCAGUAUCGGCGCUAGUAUGGUGGUGCGUUCCCACGUCGGCCACGGUGCGUUCUCUGUACAGCCUCUCAUACUCCGUGGCCCAACCCUCCGAUAUCAGUGGCAUUGUACACCCUGAUGAUGUUACAUUGGUCCGAGAAUGCAUGGAGGUGGUGACUAUUUGUAUGGCGUUGAGUGGUGGCCACUUAGAGAACAACCUGUUGAAUGAGCCAUGGUGGCAGGACACAGCAUUGUACCUUAUGAUUGACUGCCCGAACCCCCAGGUGCGCGUGUCGUGCGCGGAGCAGCUGCUGUGCAUGUGUGCGUGGGGCGGCGGCGGCGGCGCGCGCGCGGCGCUGGCGGCGCUGGGCGGCGCGGCCGGGCUGGGCGCCGCCGCCGCGCGCCUGGCCCAGCACGCGCGCCACGCCAUGCAGUUCCUGCAGCUGCUGUGCCGCCUCGUGGCGCUGGCCGGGCCCACCGAGCGCACGCUCGACGACCUCGCGCUCGAGGUGGCAUGGCUGCGAGCUGUCCGUGCUAAUCCUCUAUCGCUUGACGAUACGUUGUUGGAGGGGCAUCUUAAUCUCACCAAGGAGUUGUUCACGCACGUGCCGGCGCAAGUCAAGUACCAGUAUGGAGCACAUCCCGACCACAAAGACGCAGGUCUCAUUAAGUACAGACAGGGUAACGAUGAGUACCUAAUGCUUGUAUCUGCGUGCACAGGAAGUGACGACGGAAUUCCUGUGGCCGUACUCGUGGGCGUGGUGCGUGGUGUCCGGCGACGGCGGCGGCGCGGGCGAGGCGGGCGGCGCGGAGGGCGCGGGGCGCGCGGCGGGCGCGGGGCGCGGCGGGCGGGCGCGGGGCGCGCGGAGCCGGCGGCGCCGCUGUGCCGCACGCCCAGCGCCGCGGCCGCCGCCACCGACCUGCUGCUGGCGCUGGUGCACGGCUGCGUGCCCAACAUGGCCGCGCUCGCCAACCUGCUCGACCUCAUGUUCUACAGCGAUAAGAGCAUGCCCCUGGCGGAGUGGGAGUACAUGCCGUGCGUGGGCCCGCGCCCCCCGGCGGGGCUGGUGGGGCUGAAGAACGCCGGCGCCACCUGCUACAUGAACUCCGUGCUGCAGCAACUGUACUGCGUGCGAGCUGUUAGGGACGCGCUGCUCACUGUGCAAGGUGCUGCUACAGACCCCAAUGAAGAUUUCUCUGGCGAAAGUCAUCAUCACAGCAUUGUUGAAAAUAAUAUAGAAAGCAACACAGAUUACAACAUCACAAUUUUAAAACAAGUACAAGCAAUAUUUGCGCAUCUACACUAUAGUAAGUUACAGUACUACAUACCGCGCGGACUUUGGGCACAUUUUAGGCUUCAAGGUGAACCCGUGAAUCUACGCGAACAGCAAGACGCGGUGGAAUUCUUUAUGUCAUUGGUAGAGUCUUUGGACGAAGCUCUGAAGACAUUAGGACAAGAACAAUUAAUGGCUAAAACAAUGGGAGGUACAUAUUCUGAUCAAAAAAUCUGCAAGGGCUGCCCUCACAGAUACUGUAAAGAAGAACCAUUCAGCGUAGUGUCACUGGAUAUCAGGAACAUGUCGCGUUUGCAGGAAUCUCUCGAGGCAUAUGUUAGAGGAGAAUUACUGGAAGGUGCAGAUGCUUAUCACUGUGACAAGUGUAAUAAAAAGGUGGUAACAGUUAAACGCUUAUGCUUAAACAAACUACCUCCCGUCUUAGUCAUACAGUUAAAAAGGUUCGAAUAUGAUUUCGAAAAAGUAUGUGCAAUCAAAUUUAAUGACUACUUCGAAUUCCCGAGGGAACUGGAUGUCGAACCUUACACAGCAUGGGGCCUGGCUCGAGCUGAGGGUGAUUCAUCACUGUGGGAGGGUGGUGAGGAGAAGGCCCAGGAGACUCACUACCAACUUAGUGGCAUUGUUGUACACUCGGGACAAGCCUCCGGAGGACACUACUAUUCUUACGUCCUACUCAGGGACAAUGGCAGCGAGACAGGCAGGUGGGUCAAGUUGGAUGACGGCGAUGUCUCGGAGUGCGGUAUGCAUGAUGACGAGGAAAUGAAGGCGCAGUGCUUCGGCGGAGAGUACAUGGGCGAAGUGUUUGAUCCGAUGUUAAAGAGAGUUUCAUACAAACGGCAGAAACGAUGGUGGAAUGCAUACAUGCUGUUUUACACUAGGAAAGACACGAUAGAAUCGCAGUCGCUUCUAGAACAAUCCAUGAAAAACUUGACUAUGAAAGAAAAUAUUAUACCUCGACCAAUCUGGCUGUCUGUACGCCGCAGUAAUAUUGCGUUCUCUCACAACCAGGAUCAAUUCAGUCUUGAACAUUUUAAUUUCAUGAAGAAGCUUUGUUACAUGCGACUGCAGAUGUUACCAGGAUCUCAAAGUGCAAUUUGGGGCCCCGAGCACGAAGAAAUGUCAAUGUUAGCGGUACAGCUAGCAACAAAAUUCUUGUUCCAAGUAGGGUUCCGCACCAAGAAGACGUUGCGCGGCCCCGCCGCUGACUGGCACGACAUACUGUGCCAACAUUUGAGGUGCUCGCAAGCUGUCCGAGCCUGGUUCGCUACAGAUCUAUUCAAACAUCCGCACAGACUAUGCGACUACUUAUUGUCGUGUCCGACAGCCGAAGUGAGAUUAGUCUUUAUGAAGAUCAUCGUAUUUUUGGCGCAUUUCUCAGUACAAGAUCCACCAGUGAGCAACGGGUACGGGUCGUGGUGCGGUCGCGAGGAGGCGCUGUCCCUGUCGGACCAGGUGCUGUGCUGCGCGCGCGCCCUGGCCGCGCCCGCGCCCGCCGCCGCGCAGCACGCAGACACGCACGCCGCCAGGCAUCUGCCGCUACUCUUCAAUCUCUUCCACACUUACGCCUGCCUCGGAAUCAGCGAGAAGCAUCAGCUGCUUAGGUUGAAGCUGCUGGAUAUUGUUUUAUCCGUGUGCAUGGAUGAAACUAACACGGCGAUGGGCAAGUACCAGUACCCAGAGUCAGCGAAAGUUCACCAGGUGGUGUGCGCGCUGGCGCGGUGCUGCGACGUGAGCGCGCGCUGCCAGGCGGCGGGCGCGGCCGACGGCGCGGCGCCGCUGCCCAACCCCUUCGCCGAGCCGCACGGACACGCCGCGCGCCCGCAGCUCUCGUCCGCCGCCGCAGACGUACUUUACAACAGAACUGGAAGUUAUAUGAAAAAGUUAACUGAAGAAUGUUGCGGUUGCGACGAAGGCAUCAGACUUCUGCAAUUCUUAUGCUGGGAACAUGCCGGUUGGUCCCGCAUCGCCCUGGCCGAGUUGCUGUGGCAGAUGGCGUAUGCAUACUGCCACGAGCUACGUCGUCAUUCCGACGCGCUCACCGCAUUACUACUAAUGGAAGACAGCUGGCAACAGCAUCGGAUACAUAACGUCAUCAAGGGCGUGUCGGAGGAGCGGCCAGGUCUGCUAGAGACGGCGGCGCGAGCCCGCGGCCACUACCAGAAGCGCGCGUACGCCUGCGUGAAGCUGCUGGUGGGCGUGAUGUGCCGCGCGCCGGCCGCCGUGCGCGCCGUGCACCACCAGCCCGACGCGCGCCGCCGCUGGAGGCAGCUGCUGGCCUGGCUGCAGGACGAGCUCGACCGCGAGAAAUGUUUUCAGAAGUAUGGCCCCGGCGGUUAUGGCUCUUAUGGCACCUGGUCCCCACCCGGAACCUCCAACGAGACUUCUAGCGGAUACUUCCUCGAGCGAAGCAACUCCGCCAGAAAAACACUCGAAAAAGCUUAUCAACUCUGUCCCGAAGAGGAAGAUGAAGAAGAAGAAGAAGGUCGGGAAGGCGCUGAGGGAUCUGGGUCUGGUGACGCGGCAGAUGACAGCGGCGACGAGGACGAGCCGGCCGACGAGGAGCCCGCUGCGCGGCGCCUGGCCGGCGGAGCGGGCGGCGCGGUCCCCAACGUGGGCCCCAGCGCGGGCCCCAGCGCCGCGCCCGCACCCCCCGCGCCCCCGGCGCCCCCCACACAGACCUCGCGCGACCCGCUGCCGCCGCUGUGAACGCGUCUCUAGUCCCCGCCCCGCGAUUACUUAUUUAUAUAACUUACGAGUUCCGCUUUAAAAGUACCAUAGUAUUUAUUAUUCGCCGUAGGAUUCGUCGUAGUGCUCUCUCGACGGUCGAAUGUAUAGGUCGUAGCGACUCGGGUCUCGAGCCCGACACGAGCGUGCCCCGUCCGUUUGUGUCGUUUAUGAACAGACGAGCGGUUGCUGCCCGCCUCGACUCUGAAUAUUAAUAGUUUGGUCCCCAAAUAUUUUUAAGUUCACCGACACGACGAGAAGCAAUCUCUUUUAGAAAUAAGUUUGUUUAUCUGUGCAAAAUAUCUGUAAAUGAGUUGUGGACUUGCAACAUAUUCGUUACUGCAUGAGCAAUUUUGUAUUCUAAUCUAUAUGAAAUGAACAAUAUUUGAAAUAAUGCUUUUAUUAAAAUAGGUCAUCUAAAUGCAUUUUAAAAUAGUGAUAGAUAGCUAUUUUAUACUUUUCAGUUCGGAACCGUUGGCAUGAAUUAGCAAGAAACACACAGUACAUAAUUCAUAGGCCGUAUGACAAAGUAUAAAGCUAGGUGCUAUCGGUUAGGGUCACGUAGUUGAUUUUAAUUGUUCUCACUCGCUUAUUAACUCGUUUUGUGCUUACUUUUUAGUCUUUGAAGUUCAAUAUUUUAACUUUCAAAGUAGGAAUGCAGGUAAUGUUUAUUUCGUUUUAAUUCUUGCUGCAUUUCUAAGUUAUUUUAUUCUUUAUUAUACAUUUUGAACGUAAUAUAUUUCCGUAAAUUAUUAUCUAGUGAUAUAGUGACACAUUUUAAUGACAUAUUCAUAUAAUUAGGACAGAAACACUUUAAAACCAAUGUGUGAACGAACAUAUGUUUAUUGUCUUAAAUAUAAUAUUUCCAGCGUUGACUGCGCAGGUGGUUGAUUCACGAUCAUUAUUCCUGUAUGAAAGUAUAGUAAAACAUGGUCCGAAUUCCGAUCAAUUCAAUUUUUACUAAACACGUGUCAUGUAAAAACGAACCUGUUUGCCAAUUGACGAAACUCAAAUAGUUUACGAGCCAACCAAUCAAUUUGUAAUAGACAUCACUGAUAUUUAGGGACCGAGUUCAUCAUAACCUACUUCACUUAUAAAUAUUGUAAAAUAUUAUGACAUAAAUAUUAUAUAACAGUCAUUUUAUAUUAGGUAGGAACUGUAGUUGAGCUUUCAAAACCAAGUCAUGUUUUUUUUAAUGUAAUGCAGUUUGCAGUGUCUAUGAGUGAAGUAGCAUUAAUUGUACAUAGUAAAACAAAUGCAUAUUAUCGAGGCCAGAGAACACAUAUUGGCCUAACUCUGACUAUGUAAACAAUGUUUAAUAUUUCAGUUUUUAAUUUGCUAGAUGUAUUAUUAUAAUAAAAUAAACUUAGUUUUAAUUCAGUGAAAAGUGUAGAUAUAGGUAUUAACGACUAGUCUAACAGGAAAAUGUUGCCACUAUGUCAAUGUUCUGCUUUGUAAUAUAAUGUUAUUUAUUUUUGUAUUUCACGACGGUUGUAUAAUAUUUUCCUUUUUUUCUAGUGGUAAAAUUGUUGUACCAUCCAGGCUAUCAGGCGACGCAGACGCUAAGUCGCGCGUGCGCUCGCGGACGUGCGCCCUUUCGUAGUCACGACUUGUAGCCUUUAACGUUUGCACUUUGCAUUCUAGUAUUUUACAAAUAUAAAACCACCGCGAUAUUCUGUGAGUAUUUAUUUUUUCAUAUUAAUUUAAACAUUAAUGAGCCUUCAAAUUAUGGUCGCAUAGACCGUGUGCCUUAUUUUUAAUUUUAUUUGCUCAAUGCUUGCACCUGAUAGUCUGUAUAUUGAUCUAUUAACAAGUUUUUAUUUAAAAGACUGUUAUGUCAUUCAUUUUGCAUGUAAACACAUAUAUGUACGAAUAAACUAAAUGACAAAGUAUUUAAAUAAUGUGAUAAAAUAGAAUUAAAAAUUUUAUUGAUUACUAAAACACCAAGCAUGUUUAUAUGCUAAAGUGAAUGAUGUCGAGUCGUGAUUUUAUUUUGGCUUUAAAAUUUUAAAAGUCGCUUUAUCAUGGUUUUAUAAGUGAAAGAAACAUCCAAAUCACAAGUUGUAAUGAUUGAUAUAGUACAGAAUAGCAUUGUGAAUAAUUAGAUACCUGCUCGAGAAAAUGCUGAUUGUUGUUAAUGUUAUUACCAAAGAUGGAGUUUAGAUAGAAGGGAAAAUGGUGGCCCUUUUCUUAAUAGCUUAAUAAUUGAAAUGUUUUGUAUCUUUUAUAAAAUGCAAAGUUAACGAUAUUAUGUUGAAACGAGAUAAAAUGUGAUUGAUCUUAGAUAGGUGAACCGCUAUGAUUCUUGUUUAGAAACAAAUGAGUCGAUGUACCGGUAACUAAUCACAUAAGUAACAGACGUAUGAUACUCGGAGCGAGAUUCGAAAUCUUGUAAAUAUCAUCAACCGGAAAUAAGUCAAACUCAACAUGAACUUCAUUCUUUAUAGUUGAAAUUCGCAAAAGAUCUCAAAAAUAAAUAUCUAUUAGUGCGUUCCGAAAACACACUUAAAUAAUGCAAUUUUUUUAUAUUGAAAAUUUUGUAAUGUAGCAUAUUGUUCAUAGCAUUGUAUGCGAUACACAUCAAAUAGUUUGGCAGAUAUGUUGGGAUUAUUCACUGCAGUUCAAUGUUUGCAGUUUUCACGAGAACAGUGUAAAAUGUGUAUUCAUAGAAUUAUUAUAAGAUCAGUUGAGUUUUGUAUAACAUUUCUAUGGCAAAUAUAACGAAAUGGCAUUUGAAGAUUAUACAAGAAUGCUCAAGAAGCGUUCAUACAGAUAUUAUACUAUUCAAAUCAAGAAAUAAAUUCAUAAAAUCUUUCUGA